UUUUUGUUGGGCUUUUGAACCGGGCCUGGGCGGGCCGGGCUUUGAAAAUCCCGGGCUCGGCUCACCUCUACUGCUUUGCACUAACUUGUAGAUAAAUAUUUUGUCGUCUUGAAAAAUUAAUUUGUGGACAGUUUUAUAAUAAUUUACUAAAUAAAGUGUGCUCCCGGCUCAAGCUCAAGGUUUUUCACAUUUAUAAAAGAAUUGGUUUUAAGACGGAUAACGGUAAUUUAAGCUUUGCAUUGGUCAAAUUUUCAAUGGUUUCGAAAUGACAGAACUUAAUUGUUGAUUAAAAAUUCCAUUAAUCACGGGAAAGUAGUUCAAAGUAGCUGUAUUUAUUAAAAAUGUCGAAUAUUACGCACUGCAUUUUGUGUCUGGCUUUGACUCCGACCAAUCUAACGACUCAGGUUUCGACCUUGUCCCAACUACUCGUCCUCACCCAGGAGGAAACUGAUCUCAAAAUCAAACAAGAAAUAGAAACUUGCACCCUUUGUCCCGUCUGUGACCUCAAUUUGCAAACAAUUUCCAAAUUGGAGAACCCCAUCAGAAAAAGGGAGAAAAUUGUGGCGAUGAGGGCAAAAAUUUUGAAGUCCAAAGAACAAUAUCAAGUCACAAUUAAUGGUGAUAAGGACGAGGCUACAGAAUUCGCUAAGGUUUUGCAAAUGCGAACCCAAUAUUUCUUCCCUUUGAUAACGCAAGAUGAUAAUAUCCCUACUUUGGAAAUUAAGGCGGAACCAGAAAACAAUUUUAAGCAGAAUGAUACUGCAUAUUUAAAUGAAAGAGCAGAUCCUACAAAAAACGAAAAUCAGGAUUGUAAAUUGGAAGUUAAAGAAGAGCCAGAAAAUGAAAAUUUUGAUGUGAACUCUGGAAAUUUGCAUGGCACAAAUUGGCACGUAAUUGAGGGUAUAGCAGAAACGGGGAUGAUUAAUUCUGAGAGUUCCGAGGACGAGGAGAAGUCUGCCGUCUGUAUUUUACCAGAUCCACUGCCCGUGCAACCUGCAAAAAGAAAGAGGAAAAGUCCACUCACAAUUAAUACCAGACGCCUCACCUACUCCACAAUCCAACCCACCAUCGAAUCCUCCUCUGACGACGAGCUAUACUUUGAAACUGAGGCCUACACAAAUAAUAAAGUCACACUGGUCAGAGUCGAACUUGGCCAAGUAGCUGGCACUGGACAGUGUACAAAAUGUGGGAAAUUUAUGACUGGAUUGGCCCGACACUACAGUCGACCCCACCCCUACGCAUGCGCCAUGUGUCCCUACACCUUCAGAAAGGCAGGCGUUAGGAACACCCACCAAGAACAGGAACACGGCACCCCCACCAUUGUCCCGCAAUGUAACAUCUGCCGGAACAAGUUUGGACAUAUCGAAGUCCUUGAAAGGCACAUGGUUAUGGAGCACGAGACUGACGAGAAAACCUUCACAUGCGCCAAAUGUAUGAAGGGGUUCAGUUUGGAGGUGAAUUUUCAGAGGCAUUUGGUCCUCCAUGAACUGGACAAGGAGAAACCGCUCAUGUGUGACGUGUGCGACAGCCGGUUUCCCAAUCAGGAUAUGCUCAACCGACACCUGCGGACGCAUAAGACGACGACGAGGGCGACGUAUCAGUGUGAAUUUUGUGACGCUGGGUUUACGAGAAUUCCUGCAUUGGAGAGACACGUUCGUUUGCACACGGGCGAAAAACCCUUCAAAUGUGACCACUGUGAUGAUUCGUUUAUCGACAUGAGGGCAAAAGUGCGUCACACGGCUCGCCUCCAUUCAUCCACUCGACACAAGUGUGACAUUUGUGAGAAGGACUUUUUGAGCAGGAUUUGCCUUUCCGUCCACGUGGAAAAUGUGCACAAAGGGAUCAGACGAUUGCAAUGUCCAUCCUGCCCGGAAAGGUUUCAGGAUGUCAGGUGUCUGAAAUCUCACAAAAUUCGACAACACGGCGAGGAUCCCUUCAUUUGUGAAGAGUGUGGCACAAAAUACAGCACAGCAAGUGGCCUUAGACUACACCAACUUAAACAUUGUGGAGUUAAAAAUGUGCCAUGAUUUGUCGCCCUCUGAUUUGGACGAGAGGGGAUUUAUUCAACCAUAAAUUAACCCACCAGAACGCCAGUUAUAUAUGUCAUGUAAAGGGUUGCGGAAACGGGUUAAAAAAAAGUGUGACCGCCAUGUCAAGUUGGUUCACAAGACGAAAAAGAAAAACACGAAGCGUAGGAAAAAACCUCGUGAAACUAGACUACCAACUAUUGGCAAUUUUGAUGAGAACCGUGCAGAAUUGGAAGACUAUACUAAUCUUUUUGGCGCAUGAGUGCUAAACUACAUACAUUAAAGUAUGAAAAUAUUGUACAACUUAUAUUUUAAUUCUUUGAAUUGACAGCUACGUGUAUGUAUUUAUCGAAAUAAAUAAACAAAUUUAUUUCUAA